AUGUCGGCCACAGCCACCACAGCGACCUGGAAGUCCCCUUCAUCAUCAACCCCAUCACAUCUUCGACCCUCUCAUCCUCGUCCUUCUAUCACACCCUACAGCCUACCACCCCGAACCCCUGUUCCUGUUGGAGAGUCGAUGCCUCCAAUUCUGCCUCAUGGCACCACGCAGUCCAAGGCGAAACAAACCACGAGUCCAAGCUAUUUUGGCUUCGCGGUUGCUGAAAGUUCAGAUCCACCAGAUUCGAAUCCGGGGCAGUAUGCUCGUCCGAACUGGGACUACGUAUCUUUGAAUGCUCACGACACACCAACCGCGCCGCCGGUUGACGCAAACCCCGAGUUCGAGGCAUUUCGGCGACAAUCUGAACACGACCAUUUCAACUUGGGUCAUGCAAAUAUAGGGGCACUCAGCAAAUUCGAGGGUUCCCACAAGGUCUCCCUCAAACAGUCAUCCAGUCAAUCUAGACAAGACAGUCCUGUCUCACCUCGCUCGGCCGUCCAGUCUUCCGCUACACCAAAUCCCGCGCAUAAGCCUGGCAGGGACCGUGUGGAAAGCAAGACUGGUCAAAUGUCAUUUUUUGAUAUUCCUCGACGCGACUCACCAGCUGGAUUGUCGCCGAGUCAAGGCCCAGCCAUAGAUCAUCGCAGCGCGCGCCUCUCAUUACCCGGCCAUCAUCUACAUACGCCGCCUGCACACCCGGAUCGGAAGCCCGUGCAACGCGCGGAAACUCUACCAGAUACACUUCACAAAGAUGGUCCAAGUAUGGUUAAUCCGCACGAUUUCGCUACCUUGCUACAAAGUGUGCCUGAGGAUGUGCUUUUGUUGGACCUUCGAGUGGCGCCGCAGUACUCCAUAUCUAGGGUUCGUGGCGCACUGAAUCUGUGUAUUCCAACCACUUUGAUGAAGAGGCCUUCCUUCAAUACCCAGAAGCUACGAGACACCUUUGCGGUGGAAGCAGAUCGAGCAAGGUUUUCACAAUGGAGAAAUUGUAGCUUCAUUGCAGUCUACGACUCCAGCUCGAAUAACUCGAAGGACGCACAGAACUCGGUUAAUGUUUUAAAGAAGUUCUAUGUCGAGGGGUGGAAGGGCCAAGGUGUCAUACUGAAGGGUGGUUUUGUUGAGAUUUCCAAAACCCAUCCGUCUAUGGUAGAACAAGGCUCAGGCAAUGCUGCGGCCGGUAUCACGAAAUCCCCUCUCACGCUACCGGCUUCUGCACAGAUGGUCGCUCCUGUGGCUGGUGGGUGUCCCAUGCCAACGUCAAAGUCCGCGGCAAAUCCGUUUUUCAACAACAUCCGCCAGAACAUGGACUUGCUGGAUGGUGUCGGCCAAAUGCCAGUAGCUCAUCCUUAUGAGAUGUCUGCGCAAUCCGAGAAUGCACUUCCCGAAUGGUUGAAAAGGAGCGUGGCGGAGGAAAAUAAUGGGAAGUUAAUAUCGGACGAGUUCCUUGCGAUUGAGCAGACAGAACAGAAGCUCAUGCAAGAUGCAUUGAACUGCACUGUCUUAUAUGGCUCUCCACAGUCCGAUAGACUCAGCAAGACUCAAAUUGCCGGGGUUGAGAAAGGAGCCAAAAAUCGGUACAAUAAUAUUUUCCCCUUCGAACAUACCAGAGUGCAUCUGAAAGAGGUGGGUGCGGGAGGCUGUGAUUACAUCAAUGCCAACCACGUAAAGGCUUCGUAUUCGAACAAACGCUACAUCGCAACCCAAGCUCCUAUCCCGGCGACCUUCAACGAUUUCUGGCGCCUUGUAUGGGAGCAAGAUGUACGGGUCAUUGUCAUGCUCACAGCUGAGUCAGAAGGCGGACAGCUUAAGAGCCACCCUUAUUGGCACACAGGUGAUUAUGGACCAUUGAAGCUGAAACUCUUCUCUGAAAAGCGUGUGCCCUUGGAGCUGAAGCGGGAGAAGAUGCAGCAAACUAGACUUCAAAGACCCAGUAUCGGCCCACGCCGGUCCACCAACCCACUUACUGAAGCUGAAAAGUCAAGCGCUCAGGGAAACCAACAACGGCCCCCUGAGACUCCUUUUGCCACAGUACGACAUUUCACAAUAUCGCAUUCCAACCUUCCCUUCCAGCCAAUGCGUGAAAUCACACAGAUACAGUAUACUCAAUGGCCUGACUUUGGCGCACCAGCACACCCACAACACCUACUUGCCUUGAUUGAACAGACGAGCAAAUGUGUACGGGGCAGUGCAAGUCCAACUCAUCCUACCCAUGGCGCAGCGGAGCCGGCGCCGAAAGGUCAGAAGCCGAUACUUGUACACUGCUCUGCUGGUUGUGGAAGGACAGGGACGUUCUGUACCGUUGAUAGCGUGGUUGACAUGUUGAAAAGGCAGAAGAUAGAAUGUGGGGAUGAUCGAAUGGACCUUGAUUCUGAUGAUGACAUUCACAGAAGGGAAUGGAUCGACCGGGGUGAUGUAGACCUGAUAGCAAAGACUGUCAAGGAUUUCCGCGCGCAGAGACUGAGCAUGGUGCAAAGUCUGAGACAGUUCGUGUUGUGCUACGAAACUGUUCUGGACUGGAUGGUGGAGCAGCAAAUAGCGGACGAAGGGUUCAGUGCAAAGGAAGGGGAGAGAAAGAGUUAUCAUGGGUGA